GCCUCAAGGCGCUCCGUCCAUUUGUGUGAAACGGAGCGGACUACAAAGAUGGCGGCGGGUCACCACUGAAAAGCUCACCGAGCAUGCGCAGCGCCUCUAACCCGGAAGUGCCAGGAGUAAACAACCCACCACGACGUCCGGAGAGCCAACUGGUCCCGUUUUGUCCGCCAGCCCGCCGCACACACGCCGCCCGCAUGUCUAAGAUCGAGAUGCUGCGGCUGCUCAUCACGCAGCGGCUCACCGCCGCCGCGGAGGAGAUCUUCGGGGUGUUCGGGAGGACUCUGGCCGAGUACGAGGACGAGAUCUGCCGCUCCAAGCUGGAGAUCUCUCGCCAGCGCCGGCUGCUGGACCUCUGCAGGAAGCCGCAGGUGUGUCUGCAGGUGGACAGCUCAGCCCUCCGGGAGCAGCAGGGGUGGAGCUCCGGUCUCAGCGACAUGGAGGCUCCUCCCAUCAAAAAGGAGGAGGAGGAGGAGGAGGAGGAGGAGGAGCUGUGGUCGUCACAACAGGAGGAGCAGAGCGACGUGAAGUUCGUGUUCUUCCAGAGCGGCGGUGCGAGGAGCGAGCCGCUCGACGGCCACACGACCUCCCCGCUCUCGAGGCUCCAGGACCCGGACGACUCGGAACCGGACCCCCUGCCGGGCACCUCUAUCCAGCAGACCAGCCCGGGAGAGGACGCUUUGGGUCUGGUUUCCGGCAACGGCCGGAAACCAGACUGCGAGGAGCUGGACGCGGCGCAGUCCGAGGUGGUGGACUCGUACAUCUGCACCAUCUGCGGCCACGCCUUCGCCCAGCGGGGCCACUGGGCCAAACAUGUGCAGGUGCACCGCAAGACGGACACCAAAGUGGACAAGUCGUACACCUGCGACAUCUGCGGCAAGAGGCUCACGCGGUUCGACGGCUACCAGAAGCACCUGAGGAUCCACACGGGGGAGAAGCCGUACACCUGCGGCGAGUGCGGCCGCCGGUUCAGCGACAACUCCAACUACAAGCGGCACAUUCGCACUCAUGUGGGACAGAAAACACAGCAGAGCUGAGGGACGGAGGACACGCCCUCCAGAGGUGGAGAGGAGUUUGGCUCCUCCUCUCUAACUCUGGAGGACACGCCCUCCAGAGGUGGAGAGGAGUUUGGCUCCUCCUCUCUAACUCUGGAGGACACGCCCUCCAGAGGUGGAGAGGAGUUUGGCUCCUCCUCUUUAUCUCUGGAGAGGAGUUUGGCUCCUCCUCUCUAACUCUGGUAGGCGUGUCCUCCAGAGUUAAAGAGGAGGAGCCAAACUCCUCUGGGUUGUUCUGCUCAGCUGCAACAUUUUACUGUCGCUACAUAAAUAAACUUUUGGGAUAUUUCUAAUUCGUCGAGGAAGAAGAGACAUAUUUAUAUAUUGUAUUUUUCUAUCUUUUUUUUAACAGGCGUUUAUACACUGGAGGAAAACAUAUCUCGACUGUCCACUAAAGAUCUUUUUACUUUCAUUCAUCUUAAAGGGAAACUCCGCCUCCUUAUAUGACCGUCCAAUCAGUGCAGGUGGUUAAUGUAGUCUACUGCUGCGGAUCUGUGAUGGCUGUGCCUACAUGUCCCAGGAUGCACUGCGCUCCUCAAAAGGACUUUUUUAUUUUAUUUUUUUUUAGUCAGAUACAAAAACCUCACAAAACGUCCACAGAGGAAAUAAUCCGGCAUCUACAGUGAAAACUAAGGAAACCCUAACUUGAGAUUUAAUUAAUGAGUAAUAUGUGAAAAUAUUCUGAAGGUCUCUGCAGAAUCUGUGCUCUGCAGCUCAGAUCUUGGCUCCUCCCCCUCGGGCAGAUAUAUCACUAUUUUGUUAAAUACUUUGAUAUGACAUCACUUUACGCCUUUGAAGUGAAUGUAUGUGUG